UUAUAUUGUUAUCCUCAAAGUAUGAGGAAGUUGGAAAUAAAUAAGCAGUUACGGAUUUAAUAGAUAUAAAAAAGAAGAUAUAUAAAACUUUGAAAAAAAUAAAAAGAAUAAAAAUGGCCGGUAAACAAGGAAAAGAUUUAGCAUUGUCUAUGUUACGAACAUUACCCAGAGUAGCUUUAAAUAAUAUUCGAAAUAAUCCUGGUGCAAAUAAGCCUUCAAAACGUGGUCGAGGUCAACAUGGUGGAGAUAAACACGGAGCUGGCAAUAAAGGAUCUGGUCAAAGACAAAAUUUCAUGCGAACUGGAUAUGAAACUGGAAACAACCCGUUUUAUCUUAGAUUUAGUUAUGAACCAUACUAUAAAGGACAUCAUUUAAGAAGAGAAUAUCCUCCUUUAUCUUUACAACAACUGCAAAUGUUUAUUGAUACAAAUAGACUAGAGCCAUCUAAACCUAUUGACCUUGUAUCUAUAGUCAACACAGGAUUAUAUGACUUUAAAGUAGAAUGGAAACAUGCGGGUGUUCAUCUUACGGAUGAGGGAGUUGAUAACUUCAAGGCAAAAGUUAAUAUAGAAGUUCAAUGGGCCAGUGAGCCUGUAAUUGCAGCAAUUGAGAAAAAUGGUGGUACUAUUACUACUGCUUACUACGAUAUUCAUUGUUUGCAUGUGAUAAAGGACGUUGAUAGAUUUUUUACUACCGGGGCGCCAAUACCACGCAGACUUUUACCUCCAUCAGAUUGUCUAGAAUAUUACAUGAGCGCAGAAACAAGAGGAUAUUUAGCAAAUCCUGAAGAAAUUUCUCGCGAACGUUUGGUUUUAUCUCAGAAGUAUGGCUAUGAAUUGCCAAAAAUUGAAGAUAAUCCCAAUAAUGAAAUGCUUACUCAGCGUAAAGAUCCUAGACAAUUGUUUUACGGUCUUGAACCUGGUUGGGUUGUAAGUCUGAAAGAUAAAGCGAUUCUUAAACCUAAGGCUGAUUAUCUUAAGGAAUUUUAUUCCAGUUGAAGCGUGCUUUUGUAGAACACUAAUGGCUAAGUAAAUAACUUGCAAAACUGAACAAGCUAAUGCUUCUAUUGUAGAAUUUCUGGUAAAUAAAUUAAUAUUAAGAGUAAACAUUUCUUUAUAUAUUUCGAAUAAUAGAUAAAUAACUCUAAAUA